CUACGGGCUAGCUAAUUUGAUGAUGGAUUACGGAGAGAUUAAGCACGACUCCGCCCAUUCAGAUAUUUCCGGUAAAUUCAUUGGAGCCCCUUUUAGCCUAACACAAUUAAGAGUUGAUAUUGUAUGGCAACAGUUAUCACUUUUGUCAACAGAACCAGCCUAUAAAUAACGGCCUCACGGCGGACAAGUUCAGAUCAGAGAAACGAGACCAGCGGAGAAAACGUGAUUUAUUGCAAACUAGAACAAGAGAAAAUGAAGACCAUGACGAGUAGUGUGCUGUGUGUAGCCGUUCUUGCCAGCCUCACCACUGUUGUGCUUGCCAAACCUGUGAACACUGGUACCGGAGUAGGCGCCGCCAUCUCCAGGCUCCAGGCGUGGAACGGGUUCGUGUCCCAGCUGGAGAUGCUACAGACGGCCAUCCCCGAGCGGCUGUACUCGAAACUCGUCGCCGACCUGCUCCAGGCGCUGGCUCGGGCGGACACCGACGCGCUCCAGAGGCUCCUCCAGGCCACCAGUCCGGACUCAACUACCGACGAUAUCGAGGGUGAAGGCCGGGGAGGUAUCGAUCUUCUGGCCGUCCUUGAUAAGUUCCUACAAACCAAGAGAACACCCCACAAGCACAAACACCACACGCUACCGAAUGAGGAUGAAGAGACAGCUGAAGUUGUCGGCAUGUUUGACAGGCUGACGUCCGGAAAUAAGGAGGACAGGAUCCACGUAGAGGAAGACCAGGAGGCGACUGAUGUGAACCACCACGGCAGGACAAAGCGGAUGGUGGAGGUGUUGUUAUCGGGGGACCGGGAGAGAGAAGCCGCCCGGCAGGAGGAGACGGAGGUGGAGCGGAUGAUCCGGCGGCUGGUGGCGGAGGCGAGCGGGAUGAUCCUCUACACGCUCAUGAGCGACUCCUUGGCAGAGCUUCAGCCGGGACAGUCCUAGAUCACGGGAACCAGAACUGAACUUGAACUUUCGGGUACCGACCGUUGCACCAUGAUGGGAUUACUCCAGAGCGUGGCCAUGUCUGCAGUUAUUUGACGGACUCAUUGUGUCCAAAGACGUGUUUUUGUUGAUAUUAAUUUAUUUCUAGGACGACGAAGGCUUGGCAACUUGUUAGGUUCUUCUAUUGUUUUUUGUGACGUCGUUAUUGUAUACACGUGCCUUAUUUAUUGAACAUGCGACAACAAACUUUUGAAAGCUUUUUUGAAAUAUUUUUUUUGAAAGCAUUAUGUUCAUGCACCUUAUUUAUUUUAAUUUAUGCUCUUGUGACAUGUGAACUUCUCAUCAAUUUCUGACGUUACUUUCAUUGAUGAGCACAUAAUUUCAAAUCGCCAGAGCCAACGAGUACAGAUGUUAACCACAGACACAAUCCUCACCAGACUACAUACUUAAUUAAAGGCUUCAACAGUUUGUAUGGAAUACAUUUUGGACAUAACGACGAAAACGUAAUAAACAACGUAAGCAUGUGAUGGUGUGUUUUGUGUUUUAAUGGAAGUACAUGUACAUGUUUUCCACAAGGCAGGAAGUUGAAAUUCAAACAGGAAGCUGAUUAAAAUCAGGGAGCUGAUAUCGGUUGUGAGUUAUUCGUUCAUUUGUCCCUUUUAUAGACUGAAACAGAGGAAGUGAAAUAACCGCAGGAGGGGGACAUAAUCAGUCUAUUACACAACCUCCUGCUGCUUGAUGAGAAUUUGGUGCAGUCAAGGACUAGUGUAAUGAUCAAUGGGAGGGCUGCAAUAUGCCAACGGAAAACAUGAGGGGCCGACAGCUAUGUAUGCGCAGGCCUAGGAUUCAUUUCAAGCUUCAGCAUUCCAUGUUUGAAAUAUUGAGAUAAGUAUAAUGCUCAUUGGAAGCAUAAUGUCAAAGCAUAGACAUUGUUUAUUCACUCAAGCAAGUUAAGUAACGUCCUCGAAGCUUCUUUGCCUCUUCCCAGAAGUCUUGUGUGUCCGAAGUUAGGGCAGUUCUAGUAUGACCUCUUUCAGGAAAAACUUGGUCGAUAAGAAUGAUAUCUUUCACACAAUGGCCAUAAAUCUCAAGUUGUCAAGACCACUGAUACUUUAGAAGUUCUAAACUCCAGAAGGUAGUGCUAUAUUCUGUUUCAAUUUUGUUACGUACAAAAUGCAUAGUGAUUUAUAAUUUACGGAAAAAAGAUAAGGCCCGCAUGCAUCGAAAAGAAUUCAGUAUUCCUCUAAACUCCCCAGGUACUCUCUAGUUACGGUUUCUUCUCUGGCUAAAUUGGCAUUUUCACCUUCCAUCGUUUUCUCAGUAAUAAAUUAAGAAAGAAUGGAGUUAUAACGAAUGUUGAUAGCUGGGCACAAAAGUUUUUCUCGCGCAUAAUGAUGAAAGCUACAAACAUACCUUUGCACAUAUUGAUAUCUACUAAAUGUCUGCAGUUCUUAGAAAAUAAUUCUAUAUGAUGCAAAAGGAAAUGUAUUUCACCAAGCAAAUUCACUUUUGAUUCCAAACAUGAUAAUUAAAAGUUUAUACAAACUCACGCACUAACUCAAGAAUAGUCACUCUUGUUAAUCUUAUGCAUUUAUUCAAAUCAAAGUACACUGGUCAAUUAAGCUACUUUGUAUGACUUGUGAAGUCUUAAUGAAGACCUUAUAGUGUAAGAACUGAAAGCUGACAGUGUUAGCUCCCACGUUGUGAUGCAGGGCUCGAAAUACCACCUGCAUAUGCAGGUUAGUGCAGGUAAAAUUGGAGCUGUGCAGGUAUUUCUGGUGUCUACCUGCACCUAACCUGCACUGGUUCAUGUGCUGGGAUUUAUACAUAAAUAUCAUAUGAUGAAGGUGUAUGUGGAUUGCCAUUAGUUGCAUUGACUGUUACCACCUAUAAAGUAUAAAAGAAAAAAUAGCAAUAGUUCCUGAACAAUUUUAGUAUAAUCCAUACAUCCUACAUUCAGAGUGGUGCAGACAAAGUUUGUCUGGUGCAGGUAAUUUUCAAUGUUACCUGCACCAGUGCAGGUAUGCAGAAAAACGUAUUUUGAGCCCUGUAAUGUUUCUAGAACAUAUCGAAGUCUGAUUUCUCAUCUGACAUGUGUACAGACUCUAAAGUACUUCUUCUUGGGGGAGGAACUGAUAUCAACAGAAAUAGAAAUUGGACUAAAAAGUGACUAUUUGUACCAGUAAUGGUUACCUGGGUGUUGUUUUGUUUCUCUUAUCUUUGACUUGAAAAUCCCACUACAUAUCUCCUAACAAGGGGCAGGUCAGCGCGGAUAGUGGGUGUGGGG